ACCCAAGCGAAGUCCGGACGCCCCCUUCCCGACGCUCGCCUGCGCCUUCGGCCGGGGGAAACGAAAAAGCAAAACCAAGCCGAGCCCAAAGUCCAGAGGGGACCCCCCUUGCUCGCCCCCUCCUCUUCAGAGACCCGAAGACAAAGAGGAACCCAGCCACCCACCCACCUAACCGGCUGCUGAAAUCCCUGCGCCUUUUUUCGCCAACAGUUUUGUUUGCGGGAGAGUUUGGUGCGUAACGAAGUUUCUGCCGGGUUUCCGCCAGCGGGAGAGGCAAGAAAGUGGACCCCCACCACCACCACUCCCCCACGCCAGCCAGCAGCCAGCCAGGCCAAGGGGCUGACCGCUUUCACUUUUGAGCACUUUCACUCUUAAGCCGGGCAAUUUCCAUCCCGUCUCCGUUGCCUCUUCGCGUUUCUUCUUCUUCUUCUCCGCUUUCCCGCAGCAAGUUCGGAUCGCGCGCAAGCCCCGGGAUUGCCGGAACCCCUCCGCCCCACCCACCCACCCCCCGCCGCCAUGAACAGCAACAGCUACUACGAGCAGCCCCCCCAGGGCUACCAGCAGCCGGGCGAGGAACCCCAACAAGAGGAGAUGCCGGCCACGGAGAAGGACCUGGCCGAAGACGCGCCCUGGAAGAAGAUCCAGCAGAACACUUUCACCCGCUGGUGCAACGAGCACCUGAAGUGCAUGCACAAGCGCAUCGGCGACCUGCAGAAGGACCUGAGCGACGGGCUGAAGCUCAUCGGCCUCCUGGAGGUGCUCAGCCAGAAGAAGAUGUACCGCAAGUACCACGCGCGCCCCAACUUCAGGCAGAUGAAGCUGGAGAACGUCUCGGUGGCGCUGGAGUUCCUGGACCGGGAGCACAUCAAGCUGGUCUCCAUCG